AUGGAAUUUAUUGCAUCUUUUGAUAAAUUUGGAGCAGUCUAUAAACCAAAAUUAAAAUAAGAAUCAAAUAAUUAUAAAACUGUAUUAGGUGGGAUUAUUUCAAUUUUAAUAUACCUUGUCAGUUUCAUUUAUUUUUGUUACAAAAUAUAUGAGUUUGGAAAAAAUUAAAUAAAUCCUAUUCAGUCAAUUGCUUAUGAAUAUACAGAAAAUCUAACAAUAAGUGAUAAUCAAGAUUUAUUGAGUUUUUAAAUUAUAGGAACUAAAAUUAAUCCUUUUAAUAAGACUGCUCAAAUACUUGUUCCAAUAAUGAUUUUAUAAAACUCCGAUAAUUGGGCAGAUUCAUGUAAUUUUUUAAAUUAAUUAAUAGUAUUUUUAUCUAGUGAAAUCAUUUACAACAAUGGUGAAAUUGAUUUCAAUACUUAAAAAUACAUACCUAAAAAUUUAAGUCUUUAAAAUGGAUUGGGUGAUUAUCCUCAUCGAAUAAUGAUAGGAUUGUAGGUUUGUAAUUAAUUUUAACAUAAAAAUUGUGCCGAAGAGGAUAUAAUUGAUUCAUUUUUCAAGUAAAUGAAAAUUAAUAAAGUAGCUAAAGCAAUCUCUUAAUUAAAACUACUGUAUUAACUGAAUAAUAUAAUUCAUUUAAAAGAAUUAUUAGCAAUAUGUCAACAGAACUAAACUUCGCUAUUGAUAGGAGCACUACUUUUUAUUAAAGAAUAAUAAUGCAAGCUUAAAACUUAAUAAUAGAUGAAGGUCCUCUUCUUCCAGCUUAUAACUCUAAAUGGAUUUUUAGCGAUAUAUAAGUACAAACUCAGAGUUUAGGAUAAAGUUUCAAGAAUGAUUUUCCUGCAGUAUUUCUUACUGAAUUAUCUAUGUCAUUUGUAACAUAAAGAAAAGUGGUUCAGUAUGUUAAAGUAUCCUAAGUAUUAGCUGAUGUCGGUUCGAUAUUUUCAAGUUUAAUGCUUUUUAGUAUUAUAAUUUCAUCUUUAAAUGAAUUCUUAAUGGAAGAAGAAUUACUCUAAUAAGUUAUUGGUAUUUAUUAUCCAUAAUUUUGUUAAUUAUAAUUUAGAAGAACAUUUAAUUUUGGUCCAAUAAAAGAAGUAAGAUUUAAAGAUAAAACACUUAAUUUAGAGUAAUUUUUAAAAUUCUAUAAAUAUGCUAAGAAAAUAGCCUAGAAUAAAUUAACGAUACAUAGUAGCAUUUAUUAAACUUCUCGAUUGUAGUUUGCUAUAUAAGGCUUGAUUGAAAGAGAAACUCUUAAGAAAUUAAAUCUUUAGGGAAUAAAAUUAAAUUUGAAUUAUGAAAAUACAAUUAAAUCUCCUCGAGAAAAUUAAGUAUAAUAGUCUAAAUCAUCAGUUAUUGAAUAUCAGGAAAUAGAAGAUCAUGUAAAUCUUAAGUUUACAGAUGAAGAUUUUGAUUUAUUUGAUUAAGAAGAUCAUAAAUAGAAUGAUAUUUAAUAAUUGAUUAAUGAUAACUAGGUUUAGUAGUUAAAUUUAAAUGAUAUUUAAUAAAUAGAUAUAUGA